UCUGUGUGUGAGUUUAUUGGAACGUCUGACGCACACACACACACACACACAUCACAUCGAUCCACAUCGACGUAUGUAUUUGUCCACCCUCUCUCUUCUGCGUAUAUAUUGACACCAGACAUAUCUUACACGAUGGAUGCGCUCACACACAAUUAAUUGCUCACGCCUUCCCCCCACCACCCUCGCCACGCACCAGCCCCCCCACCAGCUCCCUCAACAAGAUCCUGUCAGCAUGAAACCGGCGCAAAGACAGGCCGCCCCCGCCCUGCAGCCACAUGGAGUCCCCCUGGCCCUCAGGGUCGAUCUGGGCGUCCCUCGCAGCGAACCCAUUGACUCGCCAGGCCCGUCUCAGGAGAGUGAGCGUCCAGAGUGCCUUGUUGUGGGACGAGGCCGUCCGCUGCCACAGGUUGCCUUCGACAGUCAGGUGGCCGAACCCGCAGCGGAAAAUGUACUCCACAAAACCUGAAAGACCACCACAAGCAAGCGCUGCUCAUUGGAUGGGAUGGCAGGCGCUUCAAUUGUGUGUCGUGUCUCGUACGUACCCUCAAAGUACAUUUUGCCGAGACACACAUUCGGGGGCGGCUCCGCCCAACUCUUUUUCCGUGGUCCACUACUGCUGAUGCUCCCAGCGGUGUGGGGCGGGCCGGGUGGCGGAGCAGUGGCAGCAAGGACAGACGGCAUCCGUGAUGACGAUCGGGGUGCGCCUGCCCCGCUAGGUGGGUGUGUGAGGGGGCGGGUUGAGAGGGAGAGGGAGGAAGACGCUGUAGUUCCUGUGUGUGUGGAUGAGGAAGUGGGGUCCUCCUCCUUGCCGCACUUGAUGCGGCGCCAUAGGUACUGGGCGUGGUAGCGGCCAAUUUUCUGUUUGCAGAGAGAGACAUAUGUAUAUGAGAUUGGGUGUGGGGUGUGUGAAAUGGUCUGGCUGUUUACGUCUGGGAAGAAGUUGAAGUCGACCAGGAACUUCCAGAGGUCGCUGUACAGCAAGAAAGGCUCCUUCCUCACCGACUUAUGACGCCUCUCCCGCUCUCUCCCCUUCUCACCCUCACCCCCACCCGUCUCCCCUCCCUCUCUCUCCCCAGCUGCCGCUGCUUUCUGCUUGCCCUUGGCGGACGAGCCUUCGUCCUUCCCCUGCACCAGCAAAAUCUCCUUCCUCUGACCUUUCUUCGCCCCUGUUCCAUUUGCCUUGGGGCCAUACGGGGAGGUCGACGGCCGUCGCGCCGUCGCACCAGCGCCCAUCUGGGAGAUCGACCCUCUCCUAGGAGAGGCCGAGGGCUUGUAGGCCUCGCGUGGCGUCCUGAUGGAGGGCCUUGACUUCCGACGGGUUACCUUUGGCGAAGACGAUGGCGCACGGCUGGAUGUGGCAUCUGAUCGGCGGAUGAAACAUGCGGCGUUGGCCUUGUCGAUUCUUUUUUAGGGGCUCACCUUCUGGCGGUUCCGGUGACUGUGCGGGCGUUGGGUCCGGUGUGAUGGGUGAGAGCGACUGCGGGGGGUUGACCAGGAGGGGGAGGGGCGAGGGCUCACGCGCACGGAUCCGCGGCUGGUGAGACAGGUCUUUCGGGUCUGAAGGGACAGACACACGAUUGUUCAGGCAUGUGUGUGUGAGGUGUAGGCCCAUGGCUGAUAGACGGACCUUUUGGUGGCACGUGUGUGCGGGAGUAGAGGGAGAAAAUGCGCCUCAGGGGGACCUCAAACUGAGCAAUCAGCCGAAUCACCUCUGGCUCGAUCAGCUGCUGCUCGACUAGAUGAUGCAACCAGUAGGGGUUGCUGUGCGCCACUCUUGGGAUGUCCAGCUCGAGCGGGCCAGCGUCGAACAAGAGCUCCUUCCGUGGAGUGGGCGGCAGCACCGACGCCGGCUUAUCUGAUGAGAUCGAUGACAUGAGAGAGAGAGAGAGAGAGAGAGACAAGUGUUUUCGUACCUCUACAUAUACCUGUCAGUUUUGUGACUUGCGGGGUGGAGUGGACAGGUGUCCUGGUCGAGUGUGUGUGUUUGCCGGAGGAGGGCGCCUCACUCCCAGACGAGGGCACCAGCAGCGGCGGCAGCAAAUCCUUCAGCCGCGGAAGAUACUCUGCUAUGAAACCACUGAUGUCUAAACAACAACCAACGCAAACACAGAGACACCCCCGUAUGCCGGGAUCCCUUUUCCGCAUGAAGACUGAAUUACAAUGGGCAGGUGGCGGUUUCUUCCGCACGGUGCCCUCGACGGUUGGGGGGAGGGGGAGUGGCAGGGGGCAGCCGUCCUCUGCAGUGAGUAUGUCGAAAAGUGCGCCGAGGAAGUUGCGGAAGGGCAGGCCGCCCCUCGAUGUGAGGGUGAGGUGGGACACGUGGGGGUCGCGGUUGCACUCAAAAGCAUUGAUGGCCUGAGAGAGACGGAGAAACAGACAUGUCCCCUCUGUGUGUCUGUCGGCAUGUGUGUAUAAUCUACCUGUCCAAAGUCUAUCACGCCUCCGUAGUUGCGCAGCAACGAAGAAUCGAUGAGAAACCUGCAAACACAGUGCAAAACAACAACAAAGAGGGAGGGAGUGUACAACAUCUAUGUCUCACUCACUCGUUGACCCACCUGAACCAUGAGCACCUCUGCAUGGGCGCCUGGGGGCUGGGCCCGACGUACUGGGGAUAGUGGAGCAACAUCUCGCGCAGAACUGUCAUCAUGGACGGACGAAAACACACGACACGACACAAAUGAGCAGAUGGACAGAGGGAACAGCAGAUGAUCAUGAGGUCCACCUGUCUUCUGGUCCUCUCUGAAGAACACGACUUUCUCCUGCAGAGUUUUGCUGUCCGUGUCAGGCUCUGUCUGCAGCGUCUGAGGCUCCUCGCUGCCCUCUUCCCCAAAAUGACCGACCAACGGCUCCAACUCAGCCCCUUCAGGAAUAAACUGGUAAUACUCCUCAUCUCCGCCGAACAGCAGCCGACACCGGUGCUUCCGUAUGGCAGCGUCGCUCAGCCCGGCUUCUUCCCUCAUUGUCUCGCCUUCUGUCUUGACCACCUCUCUCCUCCCCUCUCCCUCCCCUCCCUCCAUCGGCAAUGACAUCUCGCGCAGCCCCUCCAGCCACUUCUCGACAUGCCUCCUGUCUCUCAGCAACGCCCGCUUGGCAUUGUAGGUCCGCUGCCAUAUCGGGAUGGCGCACUUGGGGGCAACCGACCGGUGCAGGGAGGCCUGGUGCGGCACAGGCGCACAGCGGAUCACCCAGUUCCUCGGCGACUUGAGGUCGAGAGUCCCGCCAUCGGUGAAGAACUCCCGCAGGGUGCGCUUCAGGAGUUUGGUUGGAGGCGGGCUGGGUGACGAGGGGGAGGCGUAUUGCGCCGUGGGAGGCUGCAGCUCCAUCGUUC